GAGAUCCAUCCCCCUCUCGGAUGGUUUGGAGCCUCAGUCAGAAGCCCGUGGAUGAUGCUUGUGUUUACGCAGCGCUCGGCGUCUCACCGGUGGAUGUAAAUAUCAGUUUAUACGCCGCACAGAGUGAUUCAUGAGCCCCGCCAAAGGAGCCGCUUGGAGUGACACUCGGUUCCAGACUGCAGGAGGAUGUAUGGCGUUAUUGACCAUCUUCUAAACCAUUUAAGGAUCCUCAGACAUUGAUAUCUUUAUAUGCACGUGAAUCUGCGGGCGGACACACACACAUAGGCUACAUACUGCGCCGCGCGUCUUUGGACCCGUGCCACGGUUGUCUGUCUCCGUCCGUUCACCCAACCACACCUACCCGCUGUAGCCUCACCGAAUUACAGCAGCAGCAGCGUCCGCACACCGGAUCCUGUCGCGAAAGGGACAUUGUGUCUGCGCGGAGAACGCAGAUCCACUGCGCUAUUAACGCCCGGUGCGCACCGGAGCCGCUCAAAGACGCCCGUUCCAAACCGAUAUGUCAGCCCGGUGCGCGUGAUUGCUUUAGAGGAGAGGCAGGUGAAAUUAUCAGCUUUGUCCCGCAUCCUGCGCCAAGAAGAAACGCAUCACCUUGAGGAUUUUUAACGCACAGCUAACUUGCCAGCUCUGGUGUGUCGCUGCCAUGGCGACUCUGACCCCCUGCCUCUUACAGAUCUUUGCUGUGCUCCAAUUGGCUGCCUGCUCGUUUCCAGAGGAACCUGAGCCUUUAAUCUCCGCCCCCGCUGAGGUGGUGAGACGGUAUCCGGUGUUUUUGGGCCGAGCGCAUCGCUCUUACACCCGUCAGGAGCCGCUUUACAUUCAGACCGUCCUCAGAGUCAACCGUACACUUUACAUUGGAGCCAGAGAUGACCUUUAUCGAGUGGAAUUGGACCAUGUAUCUGGAGAUGAAAUGUUCUACAGCAAGAAAAGAACAUGGGAAUCCAACAAGAAUGACAUCCGCAUCUGUAGAAUGAAGGGCAAACACGAGGAGGAGUGCCGUAAUUAUAUUAAGGUGUUGCUGAGCCAUGAUGGAGGGCUGUUUGUGUGCGGGACAAACGCUUUCAACCCAUUGUGCGCCAAUUACACGAGAGACACUUUGGAAUUGGUUGGCGAGCCCAUCAGUGGAAUGGCCCGAUGUCCUUAUGAUCCCAAACACGCAAACGUCGCUCUGUUCGCAGAGGGCAGCUUGUUCACGGGUACAGUGACGGACUUCUUGGCUAUUGAUGCUGUGAUCUACCGCAGUCUGGGAGAGAGUCCUGCCCUGCGCACCAUCAAACAUGACUCCAAGUGGUUCCGAGAGCCUUAUUUUGUGAGUGCCGUUGAAUGGGGACCACAUAUCUACUUUUUCUUCCGUGAAAUGGCCAUGGAGUUCAACUACCUGGAGAAGGUGAUGGUGUCUCGUGUGGCGCGUGUGUGUAAAGGAGAUCUGGGCGGCUCUCAGCGAGUGUUAGAGCGGCAGUGGACAUCGUUUCUGAAGGCCCGUCUGAACUGCUCCAUCCCUGGAGACUCACACUUCUACUUCAACCUGCUGCAGUCCACCAGCCCCAUCAUACGCAUGCAGGGCAGAGACGUCAUCCUGGGGGUCUUCUCUACACCCUCCAACAGCAUCCCCGGCUCUGCGGUGUGUGCGUUUGACAUGCAGCAGCUGGCACGUGUGUUUGAGGGCAGAUUCAAAGAGCAGAAAUCACCAGAAUCCAUAUGGACACCAGUACCUGAUGAACUGGUGCCAAGACCCAGGCCUGGAGGAUGUGCUGUCCAGGGCUCCAGAUUCAGCACCUCCAACACCCUCCCUGACGAAGUGCUUAAUUUCAUCAAAAUCCAUCCUCUGAUGGACGAAGCGGUUCCUUUGUUAGGACACAGACCCUGGAUAGUCAAGACCAUGGUCCGGUACCAGUUGAACACUAUGGUGGUGGACACCGAGGCAGGCCCUCAUCGCAAUCGUACUGUGGUUUUCCUCGGUUCUACUAGGGGAACCGUCCUUAAGUUCCUCAUCACACCCAGCCCGGAGAACCAAUACUCCAAUACCAAUACAUUCCUGGAAGAGCUGGAGGGAUACAACCCUGAAAGAUGUGGUGAUGACUCUGCGCAGGCGAUGCAGCCGCUCUCUCUGACCUUGGACAAACCCAGUCACACGCUCCUGCUGGCCUUCCACUCGUGUGUGGUGCGAGUGCCUGUCGCUCGCUGCCACCUGCACUCCAGAUGCAUGAAAAACUGCAUUGCGUCCAGAGAUCCAUACUGCGGCUGGACCAGAGGAAGCACCUGCACACUCCUGAGACCCGGCACCAGAUUGCCGUUUGUGCAGGACGUCGAAUAUGGAAACACCUCACAUCUCGGAGACUGCGAUGGUCUGUUACGUGAGAGUUUCAUGGAUGAGCCCGAAAGCCUUGUCACCUUGAACCUGCUGGUUGUUGCUGCAGUCUCUGCAUUCUCCACCGGGGCAGCACUCUCAGGUUUAGCAGUGUGCUGGAUCAUGGGUCAAAAACACCGUCAUCGUUCUCACAGCAACACUCCGUCGUCCAGUAUUCAGCGGAAGAGUGAGAAGGAACGUUGCAUGAUGGGACAAAGCAGAAGCGGCUCUGUAAUGAGCGUAUCCCGACACAGUGGCACAGACCGGCCAAGAUCACAGGGUGAGACGCUUUUCGUCAUGCCUAAUGGGUGGGUGAAAGCUGGUGAUUUAGACCCAGGUCUACUUCCCACACCAGAGCAAACUCCUCUGCAGCAGAAGCGUGGGCUCCGCCUGUCUGAUUCUGGAUCCAGCUGGGAUCAAAGUCAGACCUUCCUGAGCUCAGUGGGAACCCAAUGUCCACCUCCACCAUCCACCCUUUAUCUCAGCUCUAAACUCCUACAAGGAACCGGCCGACGCCAUGAGGAAGCCAUCGAGACUGGUAUUGACCGCCAAAGGUAUGUCUCCCUCUCCAAGUACCGGGAUCAGGGAAUACGCCCAGGUACUCUUCUUCGCAAGUCAGCCGGUGAAUAUAACUACCCCAUGACUCCACAAGACUCCCCUGACCGACGGAGAGUGGUUUCAGCCCCCAGCACCCAGAUAGAGUACAGCGGAGAGCCUCUUCGCUGGACCCAUGAGGGCUACAUCUUCAGCAGUCAUGGCAUACCUCCAACAGGCCACCACUACACCCCUGCCUCUCAGCAUCCUGCAGGACUGACCCGCUCCGUGCUCCACGGUUCUCGGGGACUCAUCGAGCUGGCGGACUUCAGCCACUUACUUGGGAAGAGUGGAAGCGAUCGGACGCCAACAGGCCAGUGAACAAAGGGGAAAAAGAAGGUAAAGAGCAUUUAAUUGUGGAAACGUGAGCGGAUGAAACCUCAUGUGAACUGCGGAGCGCAACCUGGCCCACCACAGAAAGUCUCUCUCUGUCUUUCUUUCCUUUCUUACUCGCUUGUCAUCCUUUCCGCAUUUGUCUGAAACUUCUUGCAGGAGGAUAAGCCAACGUGAACCUCUCUGACUACAAGAAGAGCAGUCAAUUCAAGUGGAAACAAUUGCUUUAAACUUUAUCACAUCUUAUCAGAUGGAGGAAAGAAGCGGAAGACACUUGAAGACUAUCUAUCCUUGAAUCUGUUCACACCUAGACUCUCUAAGUUUGAUAGAAAGGCAGCAUUUUAUUCAGGAAUUGGGACAGUUGUUAUCUCCGAAUAUGAGCAAAAAUCAAACCAUUCGUUGGAGUAAUGACUCAGUAGCAAACAGUGGUCAGUCUGGUCAUAAAAACUCAAAGUUCUCUGAUUACUGGCAUACGGAUAGAUUUGCAUCACUGGGUAGAUCAUCUUGUCACAAGAAGAGGAUCUGGAACAGAAUCUAGAGGUCAGUCAGAUCUGAUUCCGGUCAAUACCAAACUCAAAGCUCAAAGUGUUCAGAUCACUGGCAUAAAGGACACUCAAUUGCCAUCAGUCUAAAUCCUUUAGAAGGUAGAUAUGGACAGAUGAAGUGCUCAGAAAGAAAGAUUUGGAGUGUUACUGUACUCUAGAACUUUCAUUGGAAUUGCAUCUCUCCCUUUUAUGCCUCACAAACUUGUUUUCUAAAUAACAUGCAUAGUGGGGUUGUAGUACAUGCUUCCAAAAUUAGACCAGACUUUCUCAAAUCUGAGUGCAAGUCCAUAUUUCUAUGUCCAGGUCGAAACGCUCUUGAAAAUAUGGUCUUGGAUUUGAGUACUACAACUCUUUCAGCAUAUGGGAAAUUAAAGAGAAGCAGAUUAUAGAGAGUGCCCCCCAAAAAACAUCACUCUCUGUCUCCACCGGUGAUAUUUUUUCCAUUACCAAUGCUUGUGCGUGACAUCUCUACACUUGGGCGGGGCCCCAUGGUUCACUUCACAAGAUUCGCGGUACACUACUUGCUCUGAUGCUUUGCUUUGACCAAAACAUAUGGAUUUAAAACACAAAAAUCUUUUGUGUUUGUGAUUUUUGUUUCUGUUGAGUGAGCUGAGGCCUUUACCUCAGUAUUACCUUAGCCCAUAUUUCAGACUUACAGAGAGAUAGAAAGAGAAACAGAGAGAGAAAAGAUUUUGGUCGGAUGGAUUUCAUGGCCUCAACCACAUGAGUUUAUGUGUUCUGUGUAGCUCCGUGAGUUUGAUCAGGGAAACAGAGCUCUCUGAGAACUUCUGAACAUGCUGGAUUCCAAGUCUUUUUUCUUUUUUUUGGUUUCUUCUUUUUUGUACAGGGAAUUUUUUACACAAUAUGUAAUGCGUAACAUUGAAGACAGAACUGAGGUGAAAAUACCCACUGUUUUCUAGAAAGACACAAUUUGAGACUCUGUCUUGAAGAUUCUUGGACUCUGAGAUGACAUUUCAGAUUUUGUUUCUCCUGGACUCUGAAAAAGGAAAAAUGAAAAAGGAAGGAGGAAAUCAUGAAGCGAAUACUGAAGGUACUACGAAGUCAAUAGACGUGAACGCCAGCUAUGUUAUUGAAUGUGUUUGUCUGUGAAGUAACCAAUCUUUUUGCUUGUCCCAUGCACAUCAUAAGGUAUUUCCCCUACUUUUUUGUAUUUAUUGUUUUGUAUUUUAAGUCGUAUAGUAGUCCUUUUGAAAACUCUGCAUCAACAGCGGAUCGCAUUACUCCAGUCAUAUUCUUUACCUGGAAAUGGUCAAAGUGAAAACCAAGAAAUUGUGUCCUCCUAUCAGAAUGGCAACAUAAUCAAAUGUACACCCAAACACUGUCUGGCUC